AUGGCUGAGCAUAUCGACAGAGCUCGACUCAACAUUGAUUUAUCGUAUCGUUUUAAAUAUGUUUCAAAAUUUAUUGACUUCAAACAAGAGGAUAUUAAAAUUCUUAAUACAUUAGAACCAAUAAUUAAUCCAAUUCUUCCAACUUUGGUUGAAACAGUCUAUAAAAAAUUAUAUUCAUUUGAUAUCACAAAACAAUAUUUUCUUAUGCGUAAUGAUGGUUUUGAAGUGUUUGCGCCAAACAAAGAAACCGGUCUAACAUUAGAUUCUGUUCAAAUUGAUUAUCGGAAAGAUAUGUUAAGCGUGUUUCUAAGACGAAUAUUAACACAAUCUGAUUGGAACGAUUCAUUUCUUCAAUAUUUAUCACGUGUCGGAGAAAUUCAUACAAACAAAGGUGGCGCAUCAUCAAUUAGUGUUGAUUAUAUACAUAUAAAUGCACUGAUCUGUACGUUGGAAAAUACUUUUAUUGAUACCAUAUGGGCUGUGGAAAGUAUUGAUUGGGGAAAGAAACGUGAAAUUUUGCAUGCAUUGAGUAAAUUCUUUUGGAUACAAAAUGAUUUUUUCACCAUGCAAUACGGACUUUCAAUAAAAGAAAAACACAUAUCUUUGGUGCCGAAAAUAAACUUGUCGGGCUGUUUCUUUCGAUGA